UUUCUGAAACCAGCGGUUCAUCCGUGCGUGACGAGCUGUAGAUUACCUCGUCAGGGGCGAGUAGACCUGCUCUCUGUUAAUCUAGCAGGGUUUUUCCCACGUUAUUAGCCGUCUAUCUUUUAAAUUAACGUACCUUUAAAGGUUUGUUUUUUCAUUCGGUGCUUCGGGUAGCUUUUAAUAACAGAAGUGUGUUGCUACGGUGUGAACGGCGAGCUCACAGCAGGCUUUGUGUCACCUGGCCAUAGCAGCUGACUCGUGUCUUGCAGAGAUCUGAGUUGCCAAAGGGAGACUAGCGGUUGCUGGUUAGCAAGUCAGCCACUUAGCUCGCCAGCUAGCUUUACUGCCACACUAAGUCCCACCCUCACCGAGUGCGUGAACGUCGGGCUACAUCAGCGAAGAUAAGUAGAAUAUUUUUGCUCGCCCUGAACUUAGCCAGCAUCCUUGUACACCUGGCUGGCAGGAGACAUUAGCCCCCUCCAAAGGUUAGCGUAGUUAGGUGGCGCUAACGGAAAUUUGCCGUUUGUACGUUCGGAGAGGGGGUUUUCUAUGAAGGGAUACUAAUAAAGAGACUUGCUGAAAAGAAGAGGCGAAAUAAAGAGAGAGAACAAGGAGGACACCGAGGAGGUGACUGGCUUGUUUAGCCGGGGAGACACAAUUGUGAACAUAUCUAAAAGCUACCAACAAGCGAAACACAGCCAUGAGUAUUGAGAUACCGGUGGGUUUGACAGAACUGCUGCAGGGCUACACCGUGGAGGUGCUGAGACAAAGGCCGUCAGACCUGGUGGAUUUCGCUGUACAGUACUUCACCCGUUUGCGGGACUCCAGAAGUCAGGAUGGGUCCGGCAUGGGGGGUAAACCGGGGAAAGGAGUGAUGUUUGAUGGGGAGCCAAUGCAAACGGAGUCCAACGGCGAGGAUGAUGAAGAUGAUGAUGAUUCUGACUUUGAACCUCCGCCGCCAAGCAGAUUCAACAGGAGAGUGUCAGUUUGUGCCGAGGCGUUCAACCCAGACGACGAUGAUGAAGACACUGAGCCCAGAGUGGUUCACCCAAAAACAGAUGAACAGCGCUGCAGACUGCAGGAGGCCUGUCGAGACAUCCUAUUCUUCAAAACACUAGAUCAGGAGCAGUUCUCACAGGUACUGGACGCCAUGUUUGAGCUGAAGGUGGAGCCCCAGGAGCAUGUCAUCGAUCAGGGGGACGAUGGAGAUAACUUUUAUGUCAUCGAGAGGGGUGUGUAUGACAUUGUGGUAUCAGGAAAAUGUGUGGGUCAGUACAACAAUAAGGGCAGCUUCGGAGAGCUGGCCCUCAUGUACAACACACCGCGCGCUGCCACCAUCGUAGCCACCCAGGAUGGCGCACUUUGGGGCCUGGACCGUGCAACAUUUCGAAGACUCAUUGUUAAAAACAAUGCCAAGAAGAGGAAGAUGUACGAGAUUUUCAUCGAGUCUGUGCCGUUGCUUAAAUCACUGGAGGCAACAGAGAGGAUGAAGAUAGUGGACGUUUUAGGAAUGAAGCAGUUCUCAGAAGGAGAGCGCAUCAUCACGCAGGGAGACAAGGCUGACUGCUUCUACAUCGUAGAAUCUGGAGAGGUCAAGAUCAUGAUGAAGAGUAAAACAAAGGCAGACCAUGCAGACAACACCGAGGUGGAGAUAGCACGCUGUAGCAGGGGCCAGUACUUCGGGGAGCUGGCCUUGGUCACUAAUAAGCCCAGGGCCGCCUCAGCCUACGCAGAGGGAGAUGUCAAGUGUUUGGUAAUAGACGUGCAGGCGUUUGAGCGCCUCCUGGGCUCUUGUAAGGAAAUCAUGAAGAGGAACAUCUCCCACUAUGAGGAGCAGCUGGUGGCUCUGUUCGGCUCCAGCAUGGACCUGAGAGACUGAGCCUCCCACACCACCCUCCGUGCCUUCUUUUACAAACACACCAACCAACAAACACACACACAGACAUAAGUCCUCUCCAACAUCAGGAAGUGGUUAAAUGGACUCAUGAGCUUUACACAUGGUGCAGAAGCAUGGGAAAGCGUACUUGGCUCACCUGCAGGUCCAUAAAUCCUCCGUUUUCAAACAUUCUGCCCUCUCUCACACGCAAACACACGUGGUAGGCACUGAGAGACAUACACUCCAAAAAUGUGUGCUCACCCUCGAGCACACCCAAGCUAAACAGAUUCCUUGAUAAGCUGACGUUGGUUAGAUGCACAUGCUUCAACACACAUCCUGCUACAGGCCACCCAAGUUGUUGCUUGAGUCACUUUCAACCUCUCAGUAUGAAUGUCUUACCUGCGGUGACCUUAUGCAGGCAGAGCAGUGUAAGGACAUGAACUACACACACACACACACACACACACUCUCUCCAAACACAUUCAGAAUGACACCAUGAAGCUCCAUGCUUGCAGGCUUUACAUUCACAUGAGCAACUGAACAACUCAGAGUUGUUUCAAGCCUCAGCCAAGGACACAUUAAAAUAUAGGCGCACACAUGGGGUGACGGGUACAGAUGCUCAAACACACACACACCAUGGAGAUGAAAAUCUUUCAAGAUCUUUCGACAAAUCCAAAAACGCAAAAAAAAAAAAAAACUAAGUUUAAAGACAGAUACGUUUUAGAAACAUUUUAUGAAUAUAAAAACAGAAGCUUUGAUAAAAUAUUAUUUAAAUAAAAAAAAUGUUUCCUCUUUGGGAGGCUGGGGUGCAGAACUUUGAGCGCGCUCCGUUUUCUUCCUCCGCUGUCGUUGAUUGAGUUAGUGCUGGUGAUUGUUGCAGUACAACGGAGGAAGCGGCGAAAACAACAAACCUACACCUUCUGGGCCAUUGUUAUUCUGUCAGACUCCACAUUUCAUUGUAUUGAAUUAAUAAUGUAUUGUUAUAUAUUCUUUUUGUUUUGUUUUACAUUAAGUUCUAGAUAAAAAUUUGCCAUCCAUCUUUGACAAACUGUAAAAAGAGAAAAAACAAAUCGAAUAAAAAACAUAUUAGUGCUUAAUUCUUGAUUAUUCUCGGAUGAGUUGUUCUGGAUUCAAAGAAAAGCUGAAAAAUAAAGUAAACAUUUUGGUAACA